AUGAGUUUUACUUCUAUACGUGGUUUUCGUUCCAUAAAUUGUAUUGUUGAUUCAUUGUUGAUUAAUUCAAAUUUUAUUGGUGGUCCAUCAUCGAAAACAAUGAUGCCUAUGACUGGUGGAGCCGCAAUUCAACCAGUAUUUUCGAUGAAUCCUUCACAAACAUCAAAAGGUUUAACUGGUUCUGAACAUUGGAAAAUUGAACGUGUCGUUGCCUUAGCCAUGCUUGCUAUCAUUCCAGGUUCAUUUGUAUUUAGUUCAGUGUUUAUGAAUUAUUUAUUGGCUGUUUCACUUGCCAUUCAUGCACAUUGGGUAUUAAUUGAUUAUUGUCCUAGAAAAGCCUUACCAUUAGCUAAUAUUAUUCGAUAUGUACUCACAACGAUUGCAUUUGCUGGACUUUGUUAUUUUAAUUAUAAUAAUAUGGGUUUGAUAAAAGCACUGAAAGCACUAUGGACUAUGUAUUAA